GAGUUCGUCUAUGACUAAUGUUUGAGUGAUUUGUCGAGAAUCGUAAAUGUCAAGUAAUAUUUUUUGAGCUCAAUAAUAUCACGAUGGCAGAGAACAGAGAGGAAAUUCUAGCAAACUUUCAGGGAAUAACGGCUAUAGAAGAUGUUGCAGAAGCAAUAUACCAUUUAGAAGAAGCUAACUGGGAUUUACUGAGGGCCAUCAACCGUGUUAUGCCUCAAGAUGGAGGCACCUCGACACAAACCAAUGAGACACAUGACGUCGAGAUGAUAGACGACGAUAUAUCUGUGAUAACUCCAAAAACUCGCCCACCUGAUCGGGUGGAUAAUAACGAGGCGUCCACCUCAACACAUAGAAAUAACUCGACUGAUUUGGUAGAACUACAAGUCCACUGUAAUAAUAAGAUACAUGAAAUCAAAAUGUCUGGAGCGGCAACAGUCAAUGACUUAAAGAAGCGAUUAGAAGCGGUAUGCGGCGUGCCUGUGUGUCGGCAACAAAUAUCUGGCCUGGGUGGCUCGAGAGCUACUUCUACGGCUGCUCUGGGCACCCUCAACCUGCCGCAGAAUGCCGUACUGCGACUCAAACCCGCCGAGGAACUUAUGGUUGAUGAUGAGGUAGCAGAGCGGUUGACGACGACGUACGUGCUACGCAUCAAACACGAGGACCGGGACUACACCCUCAAGUUUCCAGGCACGAGAACCGUGAGAGAAGUGAAGAACGAUAUCUACUCGCUCACCGACAUACCCGUCAGGCAUCAGCAAUGGACGGGUUGGCCAACCGUAACGGGACUUGACGACACCGUGCUGGCAAUGGUCGGAUUGGACCUGCCGCAACACGAACUCACCGUCAAGAGAGCGCCUAACAACAAGCAGAAGGAAUACAAAAGGAUAAUAGUGGAGAGUUCAGACAGCGAGAACAGUUCGGUGGAGGAGAUCGACGACUCCGCUGAUGGGUUCACGGCCGAGGACGACAACAUGUUCGUGGACCUCGUGCAGUCUGACAGGCUACAGCCGCUCAUGUCGGAGCACGUGGACGACGAGGCGCUCGGCUGCAUCGAGUUCUCGCAACGCUUCCGCCAGCGGUACGGUCCCAACACGCCCAACUUCUUCGAGGGGACAUUACAGGACGCCAUCAAAGAAGCCUGCCUCAAACCCGCUAAAGAGAGAAAGCUCCUGGGGGUGUAUUUGCACCACGAACAGUCUGUGCUAUCCAACGUGUUCUGCGCGCAACUGCUGGGGUGUGACACUGUCCUGCAGACCUUGGCUGAGAACUUCAUCGUCUACGGCUGGGACCUCACGCACCCUGACAAUAACAAUAUGUUAUUGAACUCUGUGGCGAACGCCUUGGGGCCGGUGGCCGCGAUGACCAUCCGCAGUAUCCCGGUGGAGAGGCUGCCUGCUCUGGUGAUCAUCAUGAGAGUACGAUCCAACACUGAGAUCUACUCCGUCAUCAACGGUAACGUGGGCGUGUCGGAGCUGGUGGGCGGGCUGGUGGAGGCGCUGGAGCGGUUCGCGUCGCAGCGCUCGGAGGACGCGCGCGUGGAACGCGAGCGGGACGCGCGCCAGCGGGUCAAGCGCGAACAGGACGAGGCCUACCAGCGGAGCCUCGAGGCCGACAGAGCUAAAGAAGAAAUAAAGAAACAGCAAGAACUAGAAAGAAAUCAAGAAAUGGAACGAGUAGAGUCAGAAAGACAAAUGGAAGAGGCGAGAAAAGCGGCGGCGCGGGCGAGCGCGGCGCUGCGCGUGCCUUCGGAGCCGGCGGCGGGCGCGGCCGACGUGGCGCGCAUACGGGUGCGCCUGCCGCCGCCGCACGACACCUACCUCGAGCGGAGGUUCCUCGCCACAGACCCGCUCAACGCGUUACUAGACUUCCUCGCGUCAAAAGGUUAUCCAAAAGAAAACUACAAGGUCAUCUCUAGCUGGCCUAGGAGAGACCUAACGGCGGAACCUCUUAGCAGUACGCUACGUGUUCUCAAGUUAUUCCCGCAAGAGACUUUAAUGUUGGAGGAGCGGUGAAAACCUGCGCCGACCGCGUCGGCCGUGCCGACCGUGACGUCAGCGCCGACCGUGCAGUUACCCCCGACCGCCCGGUCCGCGCCGACCGUGCCGCCAGCGCCGACCGCACCGUCGGCGCCGACCGCGUCCCCAGCGCCGACCGUUCAGCCCGCGCCGACCGCGCCGCACGCAUACCGCUUGCACGCUCCGCCGCCACACUACAAGUUAUACCGAGACCCUACCCAACCUCAGCUCCAAAGCAUCACAAGUCUUCCCUGGCAUCAUUAUUUAUAACAUUUACUACAAUGUAAAUUCCAAACGUUCCUGCGCAUUUUAAAGAAUUGCCAUUGUGACUUUAAUACCGCUAUAUUAUAGUACGGGCCCGCCUGCGCCUUGAUGCGUGUUUCGCGUGAUAACAGACAUGUGGUCGAUGUUUUAUUGCAUUAGCCACGUCUGCCCGUAGCUUGAUAUUAUCGACGAUAUAACUUCUAGAUUCCUAAUAAGGGGUUCUGUCCAUACAUCUGACAAAUAGAUCAGAUAUCACAACAAACGGUCGACGAAUUCUAUGCGAAAAUUUAAAUAUUGCCGCCCCAUCACUAUGCGAAGGCUAAAGAUAAUACCAAAAACAAUGUAGAUGGCGCUGUACAGAUUUUCAUUCGUUUAACCUUCAUAGAUAACAGACAUACGCAUCUUUUAUCUUUGUUCUUAAGUAUAAAUGAUGAUGAAAUGUCAGGGGCAUAUGGCAGCUCAGUAAUAACCCUGAAGCCAGGGUUGAUGGGGUUGGUAAUUCACCUCACACCACACGAUAGAAGAAGAAGACUGAUGAUCCCUUUUAUUACACCCAAGCACAAUUACAUCUUCCACCCGUUAUGAUUCAAAUCAAAAUAAAGAGAAGCAAUAUAGGUAGCAACAUAAUUCUAUAGAUAAUGUGAUCCAAAUAUCAAGCAAUAAAUAUUUUUAUACAUGCUUUUGCUAUUACAUAGUAUAUUGGAAUAAUUAUGUAGAUUCAUCAUCACCAGCCCAUUAACGUCCCCACUGCUGGGGCACGGGCCUUCCCUAUGGAUGGAUAGGGAGAUCGGGCCUUAAACCACCACGCGGGCCCAGUGCGGAUUGGUGGUUAUUAACGACUGCUAAUGCAGCCGGGACCAACGGCUUAACGUGCCUUCCGAAGCACGGAGGAGCUCGAGAUGAAAACUUUUUUUUGUGGUCACCCAUCCUAUGACCGGCCUCUGCGAAAGUUGCUUUACUUCAACAAUCGCAGACCGAGCGCGUUUACCGCUGCGCCACCGAGCUCCUCAAUUCUAUACAUAAUGUGAUCCAAAUAUCAAGCAAUAAAUAUUUUUAUACAUGCUUUUGUUAUUACAUUGUAUUUUGGAAUAAUUAUGUAGCCGAGUAAUGAGAAAAUAGGUAAUUAUCACGUUAAAUCUGUACGACGCCAUCUAUGUUGUUUUUGGUGAAGGUAGCCUGGAAAGUCGCGGACUAUAUUUUAAACCUGGGGGGUUAAAAUGGCCACAUCAAGGAAUUCAGUCUAAGAAAGCAAUAAUGUUAUUUGACAGUUGUUUGCAUUGCUCAAAUUCAAAUUCAAAAAUAUCUUUAUUCAGUAGGUAACAUAGUUACACAUUGAAUCGUCAAUUUUACAUAACGAACGUCUCAUCCGCCUAAAACUACUGCAGCUUCUCACAACCUGUAUAGCCGGGGAAAAGAAGCUGCAAGAAAAACCUCGGCACAGGGCCCUGGACGUUCUUUAAAAAAAUAAAAAUAGACAUAAAACAUAAAAUAUUGGUAUACAAUUGAGUAAUUUAGCUGCCUAAUAUCAGUUCUCAGACAGUUAAUCCCAUGCAUUCAUAUCUUCUAAAUAAUCACUAACUUUAUAAUAACCUUUUUUGUAAAGUUUUUGUUUAACUACUAUCUUAAAGCAGUUGAAAGGCAAAUUCUGAAUCUUAUUGUAAAAACGUAUACAUUGCCCCCUUAAAAGAUUUAGUAAUCUUAUGUAAUCAUCACUCACUUACUUUUAUAUGCGCAAAUGUCAAAUUGCAAUGUUGCUUUCUUAGAUGAAUUGCUUCGAUGUGGCCAUUUUGACUAUUGGUACUUAUUAUCUUCAGUCUUCGUUUUGGAAUAAGACAGUAGGCGUCUAUUUGGUUGUAUCGCCGAUUUUUGUUGCAUAUCGCGCUAAUUACGCGUCAAGGCGUAGGUGGUAUACCAAAAAAGCCUUAAGAAGAACGCGUUAGAGAAUUAAAAGCAUUUAUAUUGCAUAAGCAUAUAGGAAAGUUAUCAAUAGUUAUGACAUGCAGACCUCAAGUCCAUUGUCACAAAGGAUCGCUUGAUUGACAGUCGAAUGCGAAAUAUCUCGUUAUAACUUGUACUGUUCGCUAUACUGUACCAUAUUUAAUUACUUGACCAGCUGGCCGAUUAAGAUAUAUUAGAAUAAAUAGUGAUUUAUACAUACUACGUA